UCAGUGCAUCGAGAAGAACGCCGAGUGCAACAAGUGUUCUUUGCGUACUUAUACAUUUAUCUAUACACGAUAUACCUGUACCUUACUCACAAACACGCAUAUACCAUACGACAUAGCGUCACAGCGAGAAAAGUAUACACCAACGAUAUCAACUUCAGCCAAUAAUAUGGCCGCUAAGCUUUCAUACAGCCGCGUCGUCGUGGUUUUCGUUCUGGCCGCGUGCGCCGUAGCCUCUGCGUCUCCGUUCCAACUGCACGAUCACGAGUACCACCCGCAGCAGGGGCACUACGAUUCGUCGACCGCGGAGCACAGCGAGGCUGUGGGUGACAGCUCACACAAGCCCGGGUCGACGUAUCACUUUCAAUACGCGGUGCAUGACCCGCUGACCGGCGACGAGAAAAGCCAGAAUGAGGUGGGUGACGGGCAUGGGUCGGUUAGGGGCACAUACAGCCUGGUCGAACCGGACGGCUCCACCAGGGUGGUCGAGUACACGGCCGACGACGAGCACGGUUUUAGAGCCGAGGUGAAGAGGAUCGAACCUGUACACCGUCAACAACACGACCUGUCGCAGUCCGUCGCCAGCCCGUCGUACAAGUUCGACUUUGCCGCCGAACACGCCGCUGCAGCCCCACCACAGGUUGACUACGAACUGCAACAGUCGCUACACUACAACUACCCGUUGCAAGAACACCAACCCGAACUCCAUAAAUUAUCGUCAUCGCACCGUUGAAGUCUCUCACUACGCCGUCAAUCGUCGUCACCGCGCCGUUUCACAUAUUAUUAUUGUUAUUAUUUCACAUACCGCGCGACUGCGAUACAAUAAAUGCGCGACGAGUUCGCAUAUUAUACCACCUCUAUAUUAUAUAAUAUACGUUAUACGUUAAGACAUAUGUACUCUGACUUGGAAAUACCUAAUAUGUCCCCCCCACCACCACACCACGCACGUUUCCAUAUAGAUAGUUUAUAAUACAGUGGACACACCUUAUAAUAAGGGAUAAGACACGGAUAUAAGUUUAGUCGCUUAUAAGACUCAAAAUCGUCUUGAACAGUUCGGACGUAUCCCAAAUAUAUUCAAAAAUAGUUUGUUAUAAGACUCAAAUUUUCCACAAGGACCCCUCCAAUUUGAAAAAAUUGGUAUAAUAUGUUGAUAUUUUUGCUAAAAUUUCGAAACGAAUUAUAAAUAGAUACUGUAUUGUAAAAGUAAAAUAGCAAAAUAAAGUUAAUACAUAAUUUUAAAUGAUUUUCUGGUUUUUUCCCCAUUUUGUCUAUAAAUUUCAUUUGGUUGUAAUUCACUUUAAACUGAUCCAAAGCGUGACCUAUAGAGGUGGCCGUUCACUGUAAUAAUAUGUAGGUAUAUACCGUUUAAUAAAUAUUUUUAUGUGUUUAAAUAUAGGUUGAAAUAUUUGGUUCAAAAAUGUAUAGCAGAAAUUAUUUCCCACUCAGCUUAAAAUGCCUAUUCAUAUUUGUUAUACAGAGCGUACUAAAAAGCGACCAUGGGCCACCCAACCAUCCCCCCUCGUAAAUAUUGCAAUAAGUCGCGAGUACUGCGGCCAUCUGGGCCAUAUUUUGUAAACAAUAAUUGUUGUUAUUAUUUUUAUACUGGCACAUCAUCGUGUAACAAUUUAUAAAUAUUUUGAAAUAUAUAUUAGAAUUUCUUUAUAAUAUAAU